CAGACCGACAUCGUUUCAACACAGACGCUGGAUGUGGCGGUCCUAGCACCGAGGACGCUAACUAUUUUACAAUUUUAGGAUAUUUAAGACGUAACCAAUUAAUUUUCGGCAGCAUUCAUGAACUAGCUCAAAUUACAGAGCAAGGUAAAUCAUGAUUUCGCCGUGGGACCGGUGGUACUCGACGAGCUGCUGCCUGUGCUGCCAUGUACGGACGGGCACCAUCAUUCUGGGAAUAUGGUAUAUGCUCAUCAAUGCCGUGGUCCUACUCAUCUUGUUAUCAGCUCUCAAUGACCCAGUUCAAUACCGCUACCACCUUACCAGCUCAGAACUGGGAACCGACAUUGAUGUCAUGGACGAUGCAAAUAUCUGCAUAGCCACUGCUAUAUCCUUACUCAUGAUUCUCAUAUGUGGCAUGGCGACAUACGGUGCUUACAAGCAACACGCUGCUUGGAUCAUUCCAUUCUUCUGCUACCAAAUCUUCGACUUUGCCCUUAACACCCUAGUAGCCAUUAGUGUGGUGGUUUACCCCAACACGGUGCAGGACUACCUCCAGCAGCUGCCAGGGACAUUCCCUUACAAAGAGGACAUCAUGUCCACCAACAACAUGUGCCUAGUCUUUGCAGUCCUCCUCUUCAUUGGCUGCAUCCUCUCCUUCAAGGCCUACCUGAUUGGCUGUGUGUGGAACUGCUACAGAUAUGUGAGCGGCAGGGGCACCACAGAAGUUCUGGUUUAUGUCACCACCAACGACACCACGGUUCUGCUGCCACCUUACGAGGAGGCCAUUGCCAUACCACCCAAGGAGCCCCCUCCCCAGUAUAUGGAGGCAUGAGAGACAUCCUUGGACCUUGUAUCCCAAAAACCUCCCAGCACCCAUCACAUCUCCCUCCAACAGUAGAACCCCAUCGCUGGCUGGAUUGUGUUGAAAAACAAGACCAAACAAAGUCUUAACGGCUGGUUUCAGCUUGGACUCUUGCCAACCUUAGAUUAGAUUAGGAGGACCCCCGAGCCAGUAUUGACAUCAAUCCCCCACCCCCAAACACUACCCUUGGUUGUUGUGACGUAUUUUCCUCCCUUAUCGUCUCCUCUGUCCUCCUCCAAGGACAGAACUGCAGCAACUUCAGCCACCACCAACUCUCCCUCCUGGCAGCUGCCGUGUCCCCCCUGGCAGCGACUGAACUCUUGCACACCCUGAACACUCUGUCCCAAUCUUAAUUUGCACUUUUCUUUGAGUGAAACGUGCAACAGUCUGGCCACCAACUGUUAACCCCCCCGAUACUGUGAAUCUCCCUCGUGGUCUUUUGUCUGGAAAACAAACUACCUGAAGAGAGAAAAGCGACAGAGAGUGAGAAGGAAAAGUGGUGAUCAGUUAUGCAAGAGCACUUUUUUUCAGAAAAUGACAAAUUCCUUCAUUGAAUGUAAUGUUGAGGUAUUUUUGUAUGACUUUUUGUAUAACAGUGAAAAUGGAGAGAAAAAGAAGCGAGUAAUGAAGUCUGGUCUGUCGUGAAAAUAUCAUCUAUGUAUUGAUGUAGCUCUGUCUUUCUGGAAACAGGUUCCUCGACCAGUAACAACCAGUGUACGUCUUCCUUUUGUAUCAGUCCAAACACUGUCUGUUAACCGAUAAUCCAUCGACUGCCAGUGAAAACCUUCUUAAAACUUUGUGCACUCUUCAACUUUUAUCAAAAUAUUCCAGUUUGCCUUCUGUCUGUUCCCAUAUCUGAAAUAAGGACUGGCAUUAAUGUAAUCAUCAAGUGAGACACUUAUCACAAACAGUUCAGUAUUAUCACAUUUCAAUGCUGUAAAAUGUAAAUGUGUGAACAUUUAUGAGUGAAAUGUCUGUCUUGUUUUCCCGUCAAAUUGCAACAGCAUCGUCCGUGUCUUUAUCGUGUUUUUCUUUCUUUUUUAAAAUAUGAAUCAUGGUGUAAAAUCUGAUCUUUUUAGUUAAGCUAACUUAGCUGGACUGAGGGCGAUUUCCUAUUUAGACGGCGUGACAUGCUGCUCUAUAUGCAGAGACUGUCUAAGUGAGUGGGUGAGAGAGAGUGUGUGUUUGUGUGAGCGGGCCUGAGUGCUGUGAUGUAACUCCCAGGUCCUCUGUACCUAGUAACAUUUCUUUUGCACAUACAGUGAUAUCAUGUUGAGAUAUUUCCUGUGCUGGUGACCUUUUGAAAUGAACAAUUGAUGGGAAUCUAAAGCAUUGAUUUUGCUUAGCAUAGUAGCACAAAAUCAGUAUAUACAAAGUUAGAGGAGCUAGAUGCUUGUCUUUUGUCCUUUUGCCUAGAAUUCUUCAGGCAAUAAGUUGAAACAUUAAUGAAACAAACUAUUAGCGCCACCUAAUUUCCUUUUCCUGAUUUCCAGUAAUUCCUAUGUAGUAUUUGAUAUCAACAGGAAAGCAUCUUUAUGUCACUCAGACUAUGCAAAAGUGCAGAACAACUUGUUAGGCCUAGAAAUACUUGUACAAUUAGGUAGUGCUCCAUUUGAUACUAAUGCUGUAGUAAGUAAUGUAGCCAUUCGUUGGCCCUUUCAUUGUCCCUGUGUGAAUUAUGACCGCCGCUUUUGCAAAUCCAACAGAGCUGAUAAAUGAAAAAGCACUUUAAAUCAGCGUGAGCUUAGUAACAACCAGUGUGUUCGUGUUCUGUCCAUCUUGACUAAGGUGUGUUUUAGCUGACUGUUUCUAAAGCGAGCAGCAGCCGUCCUCUGAAUGAAAGAAAAGAAAAUCGAUAUUUGUUUUCUGUGAUGUGACCGUGAAGCUGACAGAUUCUAACACGGCUGAGGAGAAUAUGAGCCGAGUCAUGUAGGGUUGAGGGAAGAGGGAUCUGGACCAGUGGACGACUAAUGCCUCAUGUUAUUAAAGUCACUUCUAGACUGUUCUCUAUCGCUUUCCAUCCACACACAUCCUCGUGUUGGAUCUGCAUGAGCUCAUGUCUUUAAUUCUGAUGAAUAAAAAGCAAAUUCAAUCCA